CUCGAAAAUUGAUAGAUACUAUUUGCUUUGCUACUGACGUAUGAUUGGUUCAAUAUUUCUUAUCGGUAUAAAGAACACUAAACUGGUUCCUUGCCAAGCCAACUACAACAUUGCCAGCUGAUUUUUCAUUCGGCGAGCCAAGAGGGGCCAGCGACUCACUCAGACCAAAUUUUUCGCCCAGUGUAAUUUUUUUUUUGGCGCUUGUUCAAAGCACAACCCGUUCUUGCCAUUCGCAUGCUUCCAACGCUGACGACAUUUAAAAAGAUCUGCUCGUUACCUGCGUUCAAUGUUGAGAAACUGUUUACUAAAAAGGCCCCGUUUUUCUUUGCUAAAGAGACAUUUGUCGUCAAAGUGUUUCCUCAACCGGAAUGGCAUACGAAAGACAUACCCGAUCAGCGUAUCGGGAUCAUCACUGGAAAAAAAGCCAUAAGCAGAUUCGCUGUGCAUCGAAACAGAGCCAAACGUCGACUGAAGACAGCCAUUACAAAUGUCUUCCUUCCCAAUGUCCCCAAAGGUUACGAUUACCUUUUCACCACUUUGGCACCUGUUGUGACUGAACCGUGGCCAAAGUUGAUACAAGAAAUGGAAUCCCUCGUUGAGGAGCUUAACGCCGCUAUCAAAAAACGAUCGGGUAACAAAAAGACCUCAAAACCAUCAAGUCCACGCACAAGUCCAACUGUUCCAUCAAAACAUCGCAUACAGUAACAUCCAUUUUACCCGUCUUCAAAUCGGGUCCCCUUAACCCUUGUAUUUUACAGCCAUACCUCGACAUAUUCUCUGCAUUUCGUCAAAUUCGUUUCAUCGUGGAAAUCAUAAAAAAAGUUUUUAUUG